AUGGAUCCCUAUCGACCUCCUCCAUACGCGCCGUACCGGCCGCCCUAUAACAUGCCGGGCAGUAUGCCAAGUGGAAUGCCAAACUUUGGCCAGCCAAUGCAUAGACCAGGCUUUGUUCCAGGUCCUUUUCACGGACGACCAGGGUUUGGCCACCCGCCUCGUUCAGGCUUCGCCGUUCAAGUUCCCGGAGGACCGGCAGCUGGCAAUUCCAACGAAACAGAAAAACUCACAACCCUUUUUAUUGGUGGCAUCUCGACCGGCGUAACUGACGAAUGGAUGGAGAAAGUUCUCAAGACGUGCGGCGCGUUGAAGGCGUGGAAGAGGGUUAAAGAUCAAUCAGGCAAUCCAAAGGCAUUUGGAUUUGCCGAAUAUGCUAACGCCGACAGUGUCUUGCGAGCAUUACGAGUAUUGGGGGGCGAGGGCGCAGGAGAGGAUAGAAAAGAUAAUGGUGUAGUUUUACCUGCAUUGGAAGAAGGAGCGUCACCAAAGAAACUCUUAGUCCGAGCUGAUGAAGAAACGAGAAAAUAUCUCGAUCAAUACGAAGCCGCAAGACCGAGAACAGCGCAUGAUAGCGAACAAGACAAGAAUGCACUACUCGCAGUCAUAGCUGUUAUCGAAGAGAUGACAAAACCACAAGACCAAUCAACUUCCCCGUCAUCAAAAUCUCUGCAAGAGGACGCUAAAUCAACAACAUCUUCACCGGCGGCUGAAAAUUUAGAGAAAAAUGAGGAAACAGAUCUUCCUGCUGAUUUACCACCAGAGCAGAAAGAUCUUAUAUAUCGCGAAAUAGCAAUAUUUAGAGAACGUGCAGCACAACGCGAACGAGAGCGUCGACGAGAAGAUGAAGAGCGGGCUAAUCGUCGAGCAAAGGCAGAAAAAGACAGAGAGGAACGACGCCGUGGGAAUGGGGAAAGGGAUAAUAGAGAUAGACAAUUUGGACAAUACCAACAGGCAGUAAAUUUUGUUCCGGCUCGUGAGGAUAAACAUGAUUAUGUUUUAGACGAUGAAGAUGAAGAACGAAGGCGACAAGCCAAGAGGGAAAAAGAGUUAGAGAUGGCCUUUAAGGAGAGAGAAAGACGUUGGGAGCAACGCGAAGCAAAAUUUGCAAGGCAGUACGAAAGGGAAAUGCGACAAGAAGCAGAUCAGAAGGAAAAGGAAAUACGUGACAGAGAAAUAAUGGCAAGAAAACUCGCUGAAUGGAACGAUGAUGUUGAAACAGAGCGUGGCACAGAACAAUAUUACAGAGAUCGGUCUCGAUGGUGGUACCAUAGACAACAAGUGAGAGCUCGCGAGCUUGCAGCGGACGAACAAGACCGCCUUCAAGAACAAGAAGAAAUGGAAGCGGAAAAACGACGACAACAAAGAGAACGAGCACUUGAAGAACGUAAACAAGAAGAAUUAAUAGAGAAUGAGAAAGUGACUAAACCUCUUUCCGAGGCAGAUACAAAUUCUACUCCUAAUGUACAAGAUGCAAACAACUCUACACAAACGAACAAUGGUAGUGUCAAAGCAAAAUUAACACUGAACAUAACAAAUAAACGACGAGCAGCGGUUAUGACUGCUGCUGCUGAUGACGAAGAGUCUGACGAAGAUGAAUCUGAGACCAGAUGGAAGAAGCGAGCGCUUUUGGUGAAUACUAUUCCAACAGAGAAGGAAGAAUUAUGGAAGUGGGAAGUAAAAUGGGACGAAUUAGAUGAGAAUAUUCUUAAUAAGAAAUUACAACCGUUUGUAAGCAAGAAAAUUGUACAUUAUCUUGGAGAACAAGAAGACGAGCUUGUAUCAUUUGUGAUGGACCAAUUACGCCGUAAAAGACCAGCGGAUGAACUUACAAAGGAGAUGGAAUCGACGCUGGAUGAAGAUGCAGAGAUUUUUGUAAUGAAAUUAUGGCGAAUGCUUAUAUUUGAGACGGAAGGUAAAACGCGAAAAAUCUAA